AUGGUGACUGCAGAUUUGGUUGUUUGGAAUUCCAUUAUUGGUGGAUUUGCUCAAAACAGUGAUGGGGAUGAAGCUCUGAACCUUUUCAGAAGAAUGAAGAGAGCUGGGUAUCUUGCCGACCAGUCAACACUAACGAGUGCAUUGAGAGCUUGCACUGGUUUAGCUCUGUUAGAAUUGGGGAGACAAUUGCAUGUUCAUCCAGCAAUGAAAGUCUCAGGCACCGGACCAAACUACAUUACGGUUCUUGGGAUUCUGUUUGCUUGCAGCCAUGCAGGACUAGUAGACGAUGGGCAAUAUUACUUUCUAUCAAUGAGGCACAUUUUUGGUAUUGAUCCAGGAAGAGAGCACUAUGGUUGCAUGGUUGAUCUUCUUGGAAGAGCAGGGAAGCUUGAUGAGGCAGUACAGCUAAUUCAUGAAAUGGAAUAUGAACCAGAUGCUGUGACCUGGAGAACUUUGCUUGGCGCCUGUAGGAUCCUCCGGAACAUGGAUCUUGCUGUAUAUGCUGGCAAACAAAUUCUAAAGCUGGAUCCCAAUGAUGCAGGAACCUAUAUACUUUUAUCUAAUAUUUAUGCAAAUUCUCAGCGAUGGGAAGAUGUUGCAGAAGUGAGGAGGACCAUGAGGGGCAGAAGAGUAAAGAAGGAACCUGGGUGUAGCUGGAUUGAUGUAAACAAGCAGAUACAUGCAUUCAUCUUGGAGGACUAUUCGCAUCCACAAAUUGAUGAGAUCAGCAGGGAGCUGAACCAGUUGAUUUGGAGGUUAAAGGAAAUGGGUUAG